AUGAAAAACGAAAUUCCAUUUAAUCAGUUAAAUGCCAUCUUAGAUUUGCAGAGACUAAAUGGAGCUGAAAUGCCUUAUCAAAACUUAAGUUGGAGUACAAUUAAAGAGAUUCAAGAAAUAAUUUCUGAAAACUACAAAAAAGAUCUAGUCAGUGAAAUAAAUACCUCUAAUUUUUUUGCUUUACUUCUUGAUGAAAGUACAGACAUAACUGUAAGUAAAAGAUUGUCAAUAUGUGUCCGCUAUGUCAAAACUGGUGAAGCAUUUACCUCUUUCUUAGCAAGUGCCGAGAUAACAGAUGGCUGUGCUUACACUGUUGUAGAAGCAGUCCAUAAUAUUGUAACUUCUUUGGGUUUAGACCUUACAAAAUGUGUGUCCUUAGCAACCGAUGGAGCCAGCGUUAUGAUGGGCAGAAAAGCUGGGGUAGGUGUGCAACUUCAAGCUAAGUUUUGUCCAUAUAUGAUUCAAACUCACUGUAUUGCCCACAGGUUUAAUUUGGCUAUAACAGAUGCUAUGAAGAACAAUGACACCAUGAAAAAAUUCAAGGAAAUGUUCCAAACUUUGUAUAACUUUAUGUCUUCAUCAACUGUAAGGAUAAACACACUUAAAUCUAUGCAACAGUUGUUAAAUGAGCCAGAUAUCACAAUUAAGGAACCACAUUCAAUCAGAUGGCUUGGUCUGAAAAGGUCAGUUGAAGUUGUAUAUGACUGUUUUGGAUCAUUACUUGCAGCACUGUCUAAUUUAGCUACAGAAAAUGCUUCUGCCAAGGGUUUGUUCAAGUAUUUCUCACAAUAUAAAACUGCAUUGCUUGUUGGUCUUAUGCUUGAUGUUCAUACAGAGUUAGGAAUUCUUAGCUGCCAUCUUCAAGAAAAAAGUCUUGUUUUUUCAGAUGUUUACCCAUUGAUUGAAGGUACUGUUGGCAAACUUGAAUACUUAAAGUCAAAUGAAGGAAGUGGUUUACAUGAUAUGAGAAAAAGUAUUGAAAUUUCUGAAAAUAAUGAAGCAUCCUACAAAGGGGAGACUUUGAAAAAUUACAAAAAAAAUCACUCAGACAAAGAAUUUGAAACCGUUAAAUUAAAUUACAUUGACAGUUUAAUAAAGAAUAUUAAGAAGAGGAUUAGGAAACAUGAUUCAGAGAUCUUAGCUAGUCUAGGUGUUAUAUUGGAGCCUUUAUCAUACACAUCAGACAAUGAAAGUGCUUUGAAAUGCAUUAUGAGUUUAUAUUGUGAACCAAAAGUUACCAAGAUAACUGUGGAUGACAUUACUCAUCAAACUCAUGUUCCUGCCUUACUUGAUGGUGACAAACUUAUGGAGGAAUGGCAGGCUGUCAAAGCCAUGUCACAGGGGUGUUAUAGACAACUUCACCUUCAGGACUUCUGCAAAAAAAUUAUCCUUAAACACAACACCAGAUAUCCUAACUUUGCCAAAAUUGCAGAAAUUGGUCUUUGUAUAGAGGUAUCAAGUGUUGAAUGUGAGAGGUCAUUUAGUGCUCAGAACAGAUUUAAGACAAAGUACAGAGCUGCUCUUAAAGAUGAAUCUCUUGAAGCCCUUAUGACUGUAUUUCUUCUUGGCCCUUCAGUCAAAGACUUCAACCCAUCAAAAUCAGUGAGUACAUGGCUAAGAAGAAGAGAUAGAAGGAAGAAGAGGCUCACAGAGGCAUACAAACCUAGAUUAGUGACUAAGAAAAAACUGUAACGUAAAGGUUUUGAAUUGUAUGUUAAGAGAAAAAUACAUAUAAUAAACAGAGUUAGAGAAUGGUGUGUUAAUUUUAAUUUAAUAAACCUUUGGUGCAGCAAAAAAAGUAAGUCAUUUAAUUGUACUCUUUAGAUUUACGAUAUAUCUAAAUUUACCCCCACAUUCUGAAAAGUGGGGGUAAUUACCCCCAGUGUAAAAAAAUUAUCUGGAA